AUGAUUCCCGGUCAAGACGUAAGCCUUUCCACCCAUCUGCCAGACCUCUACGAAACCCCCCAGCCCGCUGGCGGCGGCGGCCCCGGUCACGGCGGCGAUAGUAGGGCCCGCUCCUUCCCCGCAGAUGAGUACCUCGGCUACAGCUCCGACGACGACGAUGACGGCGGCGACUUCUACCGCCGCUCAUCCGGCAGAGCCCCUGGUAGAGCCCCUAGCGGUGGCAGUAGCCGUGGCUACAACUACGAUGGCUACGACGAUGGCUACGAGGGUGACUCCGACCGCGGUUACAGCCAAGGCGGUGAUGAUCGCCACCACGGUCACGGCGGCCCUUCUUCUUCUUCUACCCACCGGGACGAACAGCGCUACUACGCUCCCGGCGGCUCAAGCAGCUCUGGCCGACACCGCCCCCAUGACCGUGACUAUGGCCACGAUUCAGGACCAAGUCCUCCUUCACGUCACCGUGACGACGACAUGCGCAGAGGAGACCCGAGAGCGCCGAUGGAGCGUGGCAUUUCAGGUCACGAGAGUCGGCGCGAGAUACCCUUUCGCUAUGUGAGCCCUUUUGAUUUGGGUUUCGCCGGCGGAUCGAGAGAGCGUGGUGGUGGUAGUGGCAGGAGUCACCAAGACUCUUUUGGGGAAGAUUGGAACAUUCCGUCACAUUCCCGUCAUGGGCGUUCGAGCGGCAGGGAUGACGGAUGGUUUUCUGAUGGAGAGUCCGAUUGGAGUGGUGGGUUCUGGUAA